AUGGCCGCAAAUAAUGAUGAACCAUUUGAGAAUGUUGAUUUCGAUGAAGAAGAAGGCGAGGAACAGUUUGUGCCAACAAAUGCUGGACGCAAACGUCUGUUCAGCAAGGAAUUAAGAUGCAUGAUGUAUGGUUUUGGUGACGAUGAGAAUCCAUACACAGAGAGCGUCGAUUUGUUGGAAGACCUGGUCAUUGAAUUUAUAACAGAAAUGACCCAUCGUGCUAUGGAAAUCGGACGCACCGGAAGAGUACAAGUGGAGGAUAUUAUCUUCUUGGUACGUAAAGAUCCCAGAAAGUAUGCCCGUGUCAAAGACCUGCUAACAAUGAACGAGGAGUUGAAGAAGGCAAGAAAAGCCUUCGAUGAAAUUAAAUAUGUGGGAAGCGAGGCCAAAAUUAAAUGACAAAAGUCUAAAUAGUCACAACCAGAACUUUGGCUCAA